ACACAUUCAUUAUUAUUCUAGUUAAAUGUCACCAGAUUUUCUUUAAAAUAAUUUCGAUCCACAGCUUAAACAUACACAAAAGAGUUUUGAAUUUGAGUUCCCAGUUUUAUUAAAUCUCGCGUUGCUCCGCCAUGUGCACUUGGAACAUUGCAGAAUGUCGAGCUCCAGGUCUGCAAAAAUUGGACUUGGAGGAGGAGAGUGAACUGGUGUCCAGUGGGAGGGAUCCCAGUGACUUGGAGGAAGUGACCGACCUGGACGUCGCCUACGAGGAGCUGGAGGAGAUGAAGCAACGGCUGAUUCUACUGCGAAAUAAGAUCGUAGUCCCGGAAAGGAACGCAUUUGAGGAGGAAGUCGAAAAGGAGGACUUCUCACACAGGACUCCCGAGGGUCAGAUGCUGGAGAGGCUGCGCCUCCAGAAAUGCCAGCUUAUGUGUCGACUCAAAGAGGAAACCAAGCACCUGGAGGAGACGCGCAAAGAGCUCAAGACCCUCGAGGAUUGGAGCUGCCUGCUCCGUUCUAAGAUCACGCAGGUGAAGCGGUUUCUUGAUAGGUUCGUGGACUUCAAGUUGCGGGUCAAGGACCAAUUCGGGCUGUGCAUCGAGCGAUGGGAGCACCACAAGACCCACAAAGUGGACGGUGUCACCUACCGGAGACAAACGGAGAAAUCUGUCCAGCACGCGGACAAUGCCCGAAAGUCCGUGGUGCCGUUGAAGUGCCACAAGACCAUCAGGCAUCAGAUCCGCGCGGAUUUAUCGCUCCUGCGCCUCGGCCUGCACAAUCUCUUCGAGGCGAUGGUCAGCGACUUCCAGUUCUUCGGCCGCCAACUGAGCAUCAACUUUACCCGUGGACCGUUUGACGGCGUUUCCCCCUCUAAUGCGGAGACCCCGAACAUCUCGCUUGCUUCCUUCGAAGAGUAAAUUGGGCCUCAGUUCGCCAAGUUUCAGCAA